CUGGUUUAUCUUUUUAUUUUUCCAUCUGUUCUCUGCUGUCUUUUCUCUUGGAUUCCUGUUUUUGCUUUGCUCUGGCUCCCUGUGAUUUCUUUUGUGGAAGGUGUCGGAGAAAACGGGCUGAGCGGAGGGAGAAGACAGAUCCAACAGCAGUUUAUCUCCUCUCAGCCUCCACUGGCUCUGCUGCUUGUUCCUGUACGCACCGAACUGAGGACUGAGAUGUGACUGCUCACCGGAGGAAUACAGCGUGUCUCCCUGGGAUUUCUCUAUUUUAUUCUCUGCCGGCCGGAUGAUGGGAGCGGACAGGCGUGGAGGGAUCUUGGCCGUUCCGGCCACUUGGGUUGCGCUGCUUCUCUGUGUGAUUACUCUUGUGUGCGCAGUGGAAGAGACAGUGAUGGAUACACGGACGGCGACAGCUGAGCUCGGCUGGAUAUCGUUCCCUGCCAAUGGAUGGGAGGAGGUGAGCGGCUACGACGAAAACCUUAACACCAUCAGGACUUACCAGGUGUGCAAUGUAUUUGAGCCAAGCCAAAACAACUGGCUGCUCACCACGUACAUCGACCGGCGGAACGCACAACGCAUCUACGUGGAGAUCCGCUUCACAGUACGGGAUUGUGCUUCCAUACCAAGUGUCCUGGGCUCCUGCAAAGAGACGUUCAAUCUUUACUACCUGGAGACUGACAGAACUGUGUCAGAGAGCGUCAAAGGGGUGGAGUAUUGGGCCAAUGCCCCGUUUUUAAAGGUGGACACCAUUGCAGCUGAUGAGAGUUUCUCCCAGGUGGAUUUUGGGGGUAGGCUGAUGAAGGUGAACACUGAGGUUAGAGGUUUUGGGCCACUCUCCAAGGGCAGAGGCUUUCACUUGGCUUUCCAGGAUCUGGGUGCUUGCAUGUCCCUUUUGUCAGUUCGAGUAUUCUACAAGAAAUGUCCAAGGACUGUACAGAACUUUGCUCUUUUCCCGGAGACGCUGACAGGAGCAGAGUCCACAUCCUUGGUUAUCUCCCGAGGAAGCUGCAUUUCAAAUGCUGAGGAGGUGGACGUGCCUAUAAAGCUCUACUGUAACGGAGAUGGAGAGUGGAUGGUCCCGAUUGGCAGCUGCAGCUGUAAGGCAGGCUACGAACCAGAGAAUUUCGACGUGUGUCGAGCUUGUCCUCAGGGCACCUUUAAGUCGUCCCAGGGGGCAGGAUUAUGUCAGCAGUGUCCGCUCAACAGUCGCUCCACCAUCGAAGCUGCCACCCUCUGUGGUUGUCGGAAUGGAUAUUACCGUGGAGACAUGGACAAACCAGAGGACAUGUGUACCAGCGUUCCCUCUGCUCCGCGCAAUUUGGUCUCAGUUGUGAAUCAGACGUCGGUGAUCCUGGAGUGGAACUCGCCACGUGACACCGGGCACCGUGACGACCUGUCAUACAACGUCGUGUGCCGGCGUUGCCACAGCAGCGAGCGGCGGGCAUGCCAGCCAUGCGAUGACAGCGUGGUUUAUUCUCCAGGCAAGGAGGCGUUGAAGAGAACAAGGGUGGAAAUCAGCAAGCUUCGUGCUCACACGUCCUACACCUUUGACGUUCAGGCAGUCAAUGGAGUGUCCAAUAAGAGUCCGUAUCCUGCCCAGCAGCUGUCAAUCAACAUUACAACCAAUCAGGCAGCUCCCUCUGAGGUUCCCAUAAUGCACCAAGUGAGCUCAACGAGCCGCAGCUUCUCUCUUUCAUGGCCGCCACCCGAGCAGCCCAACGGGAUCAUCCUCGACUACGAGAUCAGAUACUACGACAAGUUCCAGUCGUCGUUGCUGAACAGUUCAGUGGUCCAGAGCGAUACACCCAACGUGGUCCUGGAGGGCCUGAGGCCCGGCACCGGCUACGUGGUCCAGGUGAGGGCCCGCACCGUGGCAGGCUACGGAGCCUACAGCAAAGAGAUGCUCUUCCAGACCCUCACAGACGAUGAGUACAAGUCAGAGCUUGGACAGCAGCUCUACCUGACUGCAAGUUCUUUAGUAGGCGGAGUGUGUAUCGUCUCUUUGGUAGCUCUGGCUAUCGUAUGUACCAGGAGGAGACAUUUGAAGGAGAGUGUGUACGGCGACAAGCUGCAGCAGUACAACACAGGAGGAGAAGUGACUCUGAGGCCAGACAUGUUUAGCGGUCCCACCCCCACUGUGACUUUUCCCACCCUGUCUGAGGGUCGCAGUUCACCAGGGGUCAAGAUCUAUAUUGACCCCUUUACCUAUGAAGACCCCAACGAGGCAGUGCGGGAAUUUGCCAAAGAAAUCGACCCCUCUUGUGUCAAAAUAGAGGAAGUCAUCGGAUCAGGUGAGUUUGGGGAGGUGUACAAAGGUCGCUUGAAACCUCUUGGGAAAAAAGAAAUCCCCGUAGCGAUCAAGACCCUUAAGGUGGGGUACUCUGAGCGUCAGAGGAGAGACUUUUUGGCCGAGGCGUCGAUCAUGGGCCAGUUCGACCAGCCGAACAUCAUCAGACUGGAGGGCGUGGUCACGAAGAGCAGACCGACGAUGAUCAUCACAGAGUUCAUGGAGAACGGCGCACUGGACUCAUUCCUGAGGCAAAACGACGGUCAGUUCCCAGUAAUCCAGCUGGUCGGCAUGCUGAGAGGCAUCGCAUCUGGAAUGAGGUACCUGGCGGAGAUGAGCUAUGUUCACCGGGACUUAGCAGCGCGAAACAUUCUGGUGAACAGCAACCUGGUGUGUAAGGUAUCCGACUUCGGCUUAUCGCGUUAUUUGGAGGAGGACACCUCUGACCCCACCUACACCAGCUCUCUGGGGGGUAAAAUCCCAGUGAGGUGGACGGCUCCAGAGGCGAUCGCCUACAGGAAAUUCACUUCUGCUUCAGAUGUGUGGAGUUACGGGAUCGUCACCUGGGAGGUGAUGUCGUACGGAGAGAGACCUUACUGGGACAUGAGCAACCAAGAUGUAAGUCACCACCUGGUUACCUGUCUGUCUGACUGUCUGCUGCUCUGAUGUCUGCGGCUGUUUGGUGUUUUCGGAGGCUGCGCUUGUUUGUUUUUCCUUGCCGUCUCUCCCAGCAGGGAGUCGGUACGUCUGAGGAAAACAUGCGGAAAAUGAGGACAUCAAUUCAUGUGUCACAUGUGUUUUUCUUCCCUGAGCAUUAGUCCAAAGGUAUCAGGAUUGUGCUUUCAAGCAGAUGUUUACUGCAGGCGAUACUUUAUUGUAGUGACAGCUUUAUUCCAAUUACCUUCACAGUAUGAUCAAUUUGCCGCAGCAUUUCUUUACCUUUUUUUUUUUUAAUUUGCAUCGCAUUGAUUCUAUUAAGUUCUCUGAGAUUACAUUGGUCCUGCUGUGAUUUAGGCUAGAAAUAAUCACCAGGUUUAUAAAAGAGGACAUUCCCAUUUCUCUGCUGUUUUUCUGUCGGCUAUAAUUUAGAAGAGAGAACUAUUCCCCAGCUUUCCCUGAGUUCUCCAUUUUGCUCUUGGAACCGAAAGAAAAUGGAGUUCAGAACGAGAAGUUCUAAAAGAUUGGAUCACAGACAUUUUCAUUUUUGGGGGAUUUUAUUCUGAGGAUAUUAUAUCAAACUGAGAUUAUAGUUUGUUUUGGCUCUAAAGCCUAC